UUAGUUUCGGUGACUUUAAUAAAUUUUUGGAAGACAUAACAUCAACCAAGAAGAUGGAUUUGGAUGCUUUCAAGACGAAGUUGACGAAUUGUGGCGAUCCCGGAACCAAGGGCGCAACGAAAGCGGUCAAGACGGGUGCCGUGGACCGUCUCACAGACACCAGCAAGUACACUGGCAGCCACAAGGAGCGCUUCGACGAGUCGGGCAAGGGCAAGGGCAUCGCCGGAAGAGAAGAGCAGACCAGCAACGACGGCUACGUGUCAGGCUACAAGGAGAAAGACACCUACGACAAAACCCACUAGGUGGCAGCACUAUCGCCCGACAGGCGGCGCUCGGUGGUCAGUGUACGCCACAUUCACGAUUCAAGCUGGGGUACGCCGAUCUCGGAGGACUCUUGAGGUAUUGUGACAAUUGACGAGCGUAUUUUAAACGUUGUGAACGCAUGAUGUUGAGCACCACUGGCUCGCUGCCGUCCGUACAACUUAAGUGAUCGCGACGUCUGGAAAACAUAACGAAAUGCUCCUAUCCAUGGCGCACGUCGUUCUUUCGACAUUGUGAUAUUUUAUCCAGCCGUAAAUCAUCGCAAAUAUUGCUGCGUAUUUAGUGCAGAACACAA